UUCUCACACUCGUAUUAGCAAUAACUUUUUUCCCGCCAACUACUAAUCUCGUCGCGGGUCGAAGUGCUAACCAGGAAACUAGUAUUAAUCCGACAAUAAUCUGGAAAUCUCUACAAAUGGAUCCAAAAUUCCAAUACACACACGUAAAACUCCUGGCCUUCGAUCUCCUCUCUCUCCUCCAAACCCCGUCCUUCUCCUCCGAUCCAAUCUGCUUCUCUCGCCUUGGCAAGUCCCUCUCACGCGCCGAAAUCCUUGGUCUCGUAACCUCCCGGGAGCACAAACCGAAUAAAUUUCUCAAAUUCACAAUCGAUGACGGCACCGGUUGUGUAAGCUGCAUUCUCUGGCUCAACCAACUCGCCUCCCCCUACUUCUCUCGCCGCAGCCCUCCAGAUGUUCGAUUAAUUGCGGACGUGGCCACUCAUUUUGCCUCCGACAUCAAGAUUGGGGUUGUGGCUAGGGUGCGCGGGAGGAUCACGAGCUAUAGAGGUGUUGUUCAGAUUACUGUGUCCGAUGUUGUGAUAGAGAGGGAUCCCAAUGCGGAAACUUUCCACCGGUUAAAUUGCAUUAAGCUGGCGCGCAACUACUACGGUGUUGCCGCCCCAUGUAUGUAGUGCUGAUGGUUCUAAAAGUUCUUUUUCUUCACUGUUGAUUCCUUUCCUGAUUAAGAUGAUUAUGCUAAUGUAUACCGAUAACGGUAGAUGAUAAUUUUUUUUACUGUAUUGCGAGUGAGAUUUUGCUAAAACUCGAGGAGCUUGUUGUGGAAAUGGAGAUAGAUUCAUUA